CUGCUUCCUGCCUCCCAUCGCCUCUUCCCCAUCCUAAUCUGGCAUCCACCAUCGAACCAGCUCCCCUCUCCGCCCCUCGCUCUCUCCCAUGCGACUCUCCGUGGUCUCUCCGAUAGACACAGAGCACGACGCCGACUCAGCACCGGUCUUCGCCGACCCCCUCAACGCGAACCAGAUCAGGCGCCUCAGCACGAAGCCGCGGUUUCGCGCUCCUGAGUUCAAAUACGAUUAUGCAGACUCGGAUUCAUUCACUGCAGAGCUUGAAGAGUGGUUUACCUACUCUGACAACGACUAUCUGCUAGACUCUUACGAUCACUUUCUAGCUGAGUUUCCUGAUUCCUGGACCUCCACAAAACCAUCCAAGCGCGAAAACUUCGUGCGUGCCCAGCUCAAAAAGCUACAGGGCUCAGAUGUCGAACGAACGCAGGCCCUACUUGUACUAUACUACAUCGCUAUCGGCGUCUUUGCCAACUCGACCUCCCAGGAAAACCAGAUUGAGCUGAUUCGCGAGAAUGCUGCUCUGCUAGUGAAAUGCGACGCCGUGACUCCUCUCUACCAAUGUAUUCGCAAUAGCAUCGACACCAUUUACGAAUCCUCGCCCAAGCCGUCGCUGGAAGACGAAGAGUUCUAUAAUCUCAACAUCAUCCGUCGGGAUGUCUUCUUAGCGCUUACUAUCCUUUACAUCAUGAUUGAAAGCGUCGACAGCGAGUCAUUUUGCGAUACGCUCGCUUCUCAAGAUCCGAAUUUGAUCUCAUACUUUAUCAAAAAGAUUGCGACCUUCCGACUCAGCAUCCCCGACGAUCUUCCCUGGCGCAACAUAUUCCUUCUCACCUGGAAACUGAUCCUCAGAAUCUUUGGUGGCUCGCAAGAGAUCGCUGCCGCUAAAGCCCACGCCAGAGCGCAGUCAGGUCUACCCCCCGAGUCGCCCAUCAAAGAGCCGAUCUCGGCCUCACCGAUCGACUACCAAGCCUUUCGGCAAUCAAUAUCCUCGCGAUACCCGGGCUACAAGCCAGCCACUGCCGAGUCUCUGCCGCGAGAGUUUGCUAUCUACGUCAAUCCGUCUGCCUCGUCAUCUUCGAGCUCGCUGGCCAGCCUGGCGUCCGAGUUUGAGUUCUCGGCAGAUCCUCUUCCUGGCUCCUCCGUCCACAUUGCAACACCGGCACCGUCACCGCCGCCUUCGCCACCUCCACAGUCAUCAAAAAGCAAAAAAUCAGUAUUUCAAACCGACCGCUCGUUCCCGUUUCUGUAUCCCCGAGCCGAGGGCGACUCCGAGACCGAGACCGUACCGACGAGCAUUCAAGAGGCGGAAGAGAUCUUUGCGCAGCGGUUACGGACUAGUCUGGGCAUCGUCCAGCUUUGGCGUGAGCGCGAAGAGUUUAUGAAGCAGGAGCGCGGAUGGAUCGAUGCUGAUCCUGUGCCGCCAUUUAUUCCGGGACAGAAAGCUAGCGAGGCCGCUGCUGCUGCUGCUGACUUUGAUGAACGGUCGCAAAAGCGACUGGACAGAGUUGAAAUUGUCUACCGCGAAAUAUUACCCGUCAUGCAAUCAUUCGUGGUGACGACUCUCAAAUUUUUCUUAUCUGUAAUUUCACCCCUAGAAGCCUCGAUUGUGUUUUCUCGCCCGAUGCCAUCAUUCCUAAAUAGCGGGAUGCAACAACAGCUGGACUCUAAUAACGGCGAGGUGAAGAGUGAAUUGGAGAAUGCUCGCGAGACUGAGAUUAUCUUGAAAGCUAUCUCCGCGACAUUAUACUUAUUGCUGAAAUGGUUUCGCGCAUCACACAUUUUGAAAUUCGAGUUUCUCUCGCAGAUGCUUUUCGACUGCAACAUUUGUCCGAUGAUUGUACAGCUCUUCAACGCCAAAGAGAUUGAGCAGUUCAUCCUUCAGAUCCCCGAGGUGCCCGAGCUUAAAUUUUUUGCAGUCUGCCGCACGCUCGCUUCCGGCGGAGAUCUGCCUGAUCGUCUUCAGCUUACGAUGAGUCGGGGCGAGAACGGCGACCGCGAAGGCGCUGGGUCGAGUAACGGUGGUGGCGGUAGUGAUUUAGGAGCGGGAGGAAAGCCGGCGGGUACGGAGGCCGAGAAAACUGUGGAGGAAGUUCUGAUGCAAGACGAGGUCUCGGUGUUUUCGCGCCGGAACCUGUUUAGCUCAAUCAACCUACUCAAAGUGUUUCAGAAGAUUGUGAAGAACAAGGCGUACCGGCACCUCUCGUUACUGGCGAUCAAGGUACCCAACGCGCUGCGCAAGACUCUUCGCAUAUCGCAGUACGACGCGAGGUUGUACGCGCUCAAAAUCAUCAAGGGACAGGUGCCGUACUGCGGACGCAAAUGGCGCCAUGCAAACAUGCGCGUGAUCACGGCCGUGUAUCUGUACUGCCGCCAGGAUCUCCGCGACAACUGGCUCGCCGGCGUCGAUAGCGGAGCCGCGGGCAGCGGCGGGAACGGAGCUGGCACGGGAGCUGGCGGCGGUAGCGGCGGAGGAGGAGGAGGAGGCGGCGCGGGCAGCAUAGGAGGCGGGGAAGUAGGCGGCGCGUUGAGCGCGGAGGAUUCGUAUCCGAAAGAAGUUGCGCUGCGGGCGCUGGUGCAGUUUUAUAAUAUGCGGCGGUAUCCGGAGUCGAUUGACGCGCUGAGCUAUCAGGAGCCCGAGGAGGAUUUCUUUGCGCGCGAGUUGGAGAAUAUUGUGCUUGAGGAGGAGAAUGGGUGGUGAAGUGGGGGGAAGACUGUACAUACAUACAUUCAUGCAUAUAUAUAUAUACAUACACAUACACAUGCA